AUGUCAUUCAGAGAACUGAAGAUCAAGACUAAUGUCGUGAAGCGCAUCAGCAAGGAGCAAAUCUCAUACGGCAAAGAAUUGGAAUCUCAGCAAAAGCGAAUAGAUAAGCUUAUUGCAGACGGAGCAGACGAGGCUGAUGUCCGCAAACAAAAAGAAGUAUUGGAGGAGACAGUACAGAUGAUACCUGACGUGAAACGUCGAUUGGCUGCUGCUGUUCAGGAACUCAGUACAAUGGUGGUAAGGAAGCUUUUCAAAAGAUGUUCAGGGUCCCUGUAA